CUGUUUCUCCUUGCCACCAACCGAGCCGAGAGAGAAAACAAAGAACGGGCGAAAGAAAUCUUGGAAAGCUGACCCCCUUAAUGCCAGAUUUCCUCGAGGGGGCCUCCUUUUGCUUCCGCCAGGUUCUGCCAUGAUCAGCGAUUCCUCCCCCGAAUCGAGCAUGCAUUCUUUUUCUGCUGCUGCGACCGUAGGAUCGGCGUAAACCCCACCAAACCUUGGUCCAGCAGCCUCGCCGCGUCGAUUGCAGCAGCAGCCGGCGGCGCGUGCAUUUUGCAACCCCCUUUCCAAGAACUAGCUGCAAGCUUUGUCCUUUUCCGCCUUCCGUCCCCGGAAAUCCCGCAAGAAACUCCUCCACCCAAGAAAAAGCUGGCUCCUGCCAUCUCCUCACGAGUCACGAGUUUGGUGAUGCUUUGAGGCGAGCACAGUUCUUGUGAACGUCGCAGUGGGGAGGGGUGAAAUCCGGGAUCUCUGUCAGUCAGGCUCGGGUGGGUGUUUCCUCGCCGGAGAUGGAGGGGAAUUUGCCGCCGCCGCCAACCCUGAUCCCAGGCGGAGGCGGAGGCGGAGGCGGAGCCCACUUCGAUCUGGGGCAGCCGUUCCACUUCGCCGCCCAGCCCCAGGCGGCGGUCCAGGUUCACCAGGGGGGCGUCUUCGCCGUCCCCGCCGCGAACCAGAUGCCGGAGCUCGGCAAUGCGGUGAAGGUCUCGCUGAGCGACGAGGAGGACGCCGACGACGGCCACCUCGACCACGGCAAGGCGGAGGCGGCCGCCUCCCCGUGGCACCGGGUCAAGUGGACCAGCGGCAUGGUCAAGCUGCUCGUGACGGCCGUGUCCUACAUCGACGAGGACGUCGACGCGGACUACGGGACCAGCAGCGGGAGGAGGAAGCACGCCCUGCUCAAGAGGAAGGGCAAGUGGAGGCUGGUCUCCUCGGCCAUGGCCGAGAGGGGUUUCGCGGUGUCGCCGCAGCAGUGCGAGGACAAGUUCAACGACCUCAACAAGAGGUACAAGAGGCUGACCGAGAUCCUCGGCCGGGGAAGGGCUUGCCAGAUCGUCGAGAAGCACGAGCUCCUUGACCAGGUGAGCCUAUCUGGGAAGCUCAGGGAGGAGGCCAAGAAGCAUCUCAACUCCAAGCAUCUGCACUACGAGGAGAUGUGCUCCUACCACAACAGGAACCGCAUCUGCCUGCUUGAUGAUCCUGCCCUUCGGAGGUUCCUGCGGAUGGCGCUUAGGGGUCCAGAUGAACAGGGAAAGAAGUGCUUGUUUGGCUAUGAUGAUGACGAUGAUCAGAUGUUGCUUUCUGAUGAUGAUGAUUAUUAUGAGGAUGAUGAGUUGCAUGACAAUCUGGAGGCCAGUGCUGAGGAUCAUGGUGUUCACAGAGUUCAUGCCACCAAGAAACUGAAGCAUGAUCAUGGGGAAGGACAUUGUGGGUCUCAUCUGUCUGAAGUUGCAGCCAUUGACAUGAACAGAAUGUUCUCUGAAGGAUCUGGUGGUCCAUCUGCUGAGAAGAAUUUAAGUGCUGUGCGUGCUCAAAUCGAGAGAGAACGUCUGGAUAUAAAAUCUCAGAUGCUGAGAAUUGAACAGAGGCAUUUCAAAUGGCUCAAGUUCAGCAGGGAGAAGGACAGGGAGUUGGAGAAAAUGAAGCUGGAGAAUGAAAAGAUGAAGCUGGAAAAUGAGCGAUUGGAGCUGGAGCUGAAGCUUAAGGAAAUUGAGAUGGGCAUCAAACCAACAAGGAUUUAGUGAUUGCAGGAUGUAAGUGGUAGAGCUAGAGAACUCCUAGAGUUUCUGGUAAUCCUUUUGUCUAUUGCAGUAGCUUACAAAUUAGGAUAUGUCACAUUACAUAGUUUCAUCUUUGCUAACUGCAUAUCAGUUAAGUUAAUGACUCUUCUGUUGUUAAGCGUUUACAAUAAGUACAGUUUGACAUCUGAAUAUGGUGCUUAAUGUUAUCAUGUUAUCCAUCUCACUGCGAUUGGCUGUA